AUGGAGUCACUCUAUGAAGCUUGGGAGAGGUUUAAGGAUCUCUUACAGAGGUGUCCUCACCAUGGACUGCCAAUACGGUUGCAGCUACAAACGUUUUACAAUAGGUUGCUGCCAAAUAUACAAGUGAUGAUUGAUGCUGCAAGUGGGGGAGGUUUGAAUAAUAAAACACCAGAGGAUGCCUAUAAAUUGAUUGAGGUGAUGGCUAGCAACAAUUACAUGAGACUUUUGGAAAGGAAUGUUCCUAGGAGAGUAGCGGGAGUGCAUGAAGUCGAUGGCUACACCACGUUGGAAAUCAUUUAUCUAGAGAUUGCCAAGCAAGAAGUCUGUUUGCUCAACCCGAACAAGUGCAUUAUGUCAACAAUUUUCAAAAAGGCAUGGGAAAAUCAUCCAAACUUCGUAUGGAGUAACAACAAUGAGCACAAACCACCACCAAGCUUCCAACCUCAAGAGAAGAGAUCUAAUAUGGAGAGUGUGCUCACUAAAUUCAUGGAGGAGUCAGGAAAUAGAUCUGACAAGAAUGAAGCUCAACUCCAAAAGUAUGAAGUUUUAUUGCAAAACCAAUCCGCUUCCAUAAGAAAUCUUGAAACUCAAAUGGGGCUAAUCUAUAAUAUUUUAGCAGGAACAGUUCAAGGAACAUUGCCGAGUGAUACCGAGAAGAAUCUGAAGGAGAGAAUCAAUGCUAUCAUGGUGAGAAGUGGUAAGGAGUUGAAGGAAGCAAGCAAAGAAGGAGAAACAAGGGAAAAACUUGAAGAUGAAAAAGAGGGCAGAACCAAGUGUGUCGCAAUACAGGGGAAAAAAUUGACGAAAAUGCCCAUGUUGUGA